AACGUACACAAACUUUAAAAAUUUGAUAAAUUUUACAAAACUCUAUUCAAUUCACACUUUUUACCCAUUUUCUGGGUACCAGCCACAUUUUGUAUGAAGCCUGCAAGUGAAUUAUCAGAAAGAAGGAUGGACUCAACAGAAGAUGAGAAUGGCAGUGGAUCCAGUACACCUGUUAUACCAGAGGAUUCUCCUGGGAGCUCUGUAUCAAGUAGACUACAAGAUGAAUAUGAUGAACUGCUGAAAUAUGCAGUUGUAGUCCCAAACUUUGACCCAAAGGGACUACCCAGGUCUAUCACAGACAUGAGAUCAUCUUUCAUGCCAAGAAGAACAAUGCCGAACACCAUCAAUGACAUUCAACAGGAUGAGAGUACCCAGCCUUUAGAAACAACUUCUGAAGAGCUGUCAGAAAAGGAUGAAGACUCAAUUGAAUCAAUUGAAAAUAGCAGAGUUCCAGCUUGGACCCCUUCAAUGCAACAGCAAAACAGUGGUCAUAUACCACAACAGCAUAUACCAGGAUCAGGUGCAAGAAAAGAUGUUAGUGGGGCUAUGGAGUCUCCAAGGGGUCCACCUCCAGUAAAAUCCACCACUCCGGCUAGAGUCAUUUAUAAUAGAGAAGUGUUCGAUCUCAAUUCACCAGAAUCUCUGGAAUCAACUCCCAACAGAAGCUUAGAGAGUCCUGAUUAUGCCCCAGCUGUAGAUGGUGAUGUUGUCAGGAUGGAAGGCAUGUUAGAUCAGUGGUGUUAUGAUCUUAAACGAAAUGUACUUGCAGAGUUCAGCCAAUCUAAGCUGAAAUUAAUUGAUCAACAUAAAAAGUCCAUCUUAAAAGAGAGGGAAAGGCAUGCAGCGGAGGUGAGUCGAUUACAAGAUGACAUUGGAAAUUUGAAAGAACUUCUGCACACAUACGAACAGUCAAUGCAGAGAAAGGAUGAUGUUAUAUCAAACCUAACACGUGCCAUGCAGCGUCAACAAGAAAAAUUCCAAGUUGCAAGAACUUUCUCAGAAUGGAAGAUCAAACAUCAUGCACAGCUGAGAGAGCACUUUGCUUCAAAUCUUGCUGUGAAGCAUUAUCAGCGUGGCUUGAAACAGAAGGUUUGGGAUUCUUGGCAUGCUGUUGUAGAGGCAAAAUGGCGUCAACGGGUCGAGAAAGCCUGCCAAUCAAAAGCACAGGAAGUUUGCAUGAACAUGACAAAUGACUAUGAGGCUAAGAUUGCAUCCCUCAACGAAGCCCUUGAUGCUGCCAGGGUGGAGGUGUCCAAGCUACAUAAGGAACGUGAGAAAUAUGAAGAAAUGAUGAAAAAAGCAUUCAUGCGUGGCGUGUGUGCCUUGAACUUGGAAGCAAUGACAAUGUUUCAUGGGGAAGAUCAAGGUACACAAGAUAACAUACAAGUCCAUGAUGGACAAGGAAGCAGCGGCAAUAGCAGUGAUGUAGAAAACCAAGCACCGCCACAAAUGCCACCCAUAUCUUCAAUACGGGAAGGUCCAGUCACAUUGAGCCAAGAGCCGGUCUACUCACACUCAACUACUCGCAUUCCCGCCUCACACAGAGUAGUGACAAGUCGUGGCGGUACCACAAGUUCACAGAACUUUACCUCAACAACUACUGCUUCAAAAACAAUGUCAUCUGUACGACCGACUAGCAGUAAACCCAAACCCUUCACAGCUACCCUCUCAGCACGAGGUGAUGUCACACGUUCAUCUCAGCAUAUAGGUGGAGCCAAUGUACCUAUGGGUCUAGCGCCACCUAUGAGUUCAAUCUUAGUAGAGCGUCAUCAACCUGUUGUCAAGCAAACCAUCGCUCAUGCAGUGGCAUCAAAGCAUCCUGUACAGUCUGGGACAAAGCCAGGAAUAAUGCGAAAAAUAGCUGGCCAGCCUGGGCUAAGCAGACAUUCAAAUACAAUCAUACAUCCUGUCAAAGUAGUAGACUGAGAGACAUCACUCAUAUUGAUUUUAGUGCUCAUUUUAUGUUUUAAUUUAUCAAUAUCUGUAAUUUUAACUGCUAGAAUCAACCAAUAUGAGAUCAGACUUUUACUAAAUAUGUAUGCUAAUGAUGCCUUCAGAGUCAUCUAUAGAAUAAAUUGUUUGACUCUUCAAGUUGGUCAAUCUUAUUUUACAACUCGUUGUUAAGAAAUGCAUAUUAUACCAAAGUGCAUUUAGUUGUUACCAAAAUCCAUUCUUUGGAAAUGUAUUAAUUAUCAGAGUGCAUUGUUUGGAGGUGCAUUAUAUCAAAGAUAAUUGUUUGGAAAUGCAUUAUAUCAAAAUGCAUUAU